GGCAGAGUUCCAAAGAUUCCGUGACACGCUCCACCUUCUAAUUCUGCGAUGGCAACGGCAGACCAUUAGCUGCCACACAACAGCCAGUCCUAGCAGAGACUGAGCUACAGGCAGUGCCUUCAAUCUAGGCUUUGACAGUUUUAUCCUUGUUUGUCCAGAGAAGAACUUCCCAGUGUUGUCGGGCUGUGGAUCAGGAGUUUCACAUCACCCCUGUUGUCCUGCCGUGACACACCAUCAGCAUGGCAGGAUCCCACAGCCCUGCAUCAGAUCCCGUGGCAGAACUGAACGACCUCGAAUGCCAGCAAUUGCGAUCCCAGCUGGCAAAGAGCCAACAGGACUGCUGGGAGCUCCAGGAGAAGUUUCUCAUAGCUGAGGCUACAAACUUUGCCCUGGCCAUGGAGCUGAAAAAAUACAAUUGUGAGAAGUUUAAAAACAUCAUUGAGUCCAUACUGACCAAGAAGCUCCACUUGGAGGAGCCGCUGGCAGAGAAGCCCACGGUCCCAGAGCUGCUCAGGCAUUGCUGUGGCAUCCUUGAAGAUCAGGACCAAGAACUUUCCCAGUUACGUCCAAAGGUCCAAAGGGGGAGAAAUCUAGCCCACAUCCUGCAGCAGUACCUGAAGGACGUGCUCACCGUGCAUGACCCUGAGACCUGUACGGGGCAGGGCUUCCGACGACUGCUCACUGAGGCUGUCCGGCUGUCAGCGAGCCUUGAGGACCUGCUUGGAGCAGAAAAUAUUGAAGAGGAGGAAACACCAGCACAAGGACCUGUUGCUGACAGGGAGCUCUUGGAAGUGGAUGAAAUGGAAACCCCACAAAGUUCACAGCAGGAAACAUCUAUCACUGGUGCUGUUGACCACCUGCCGAGUGACUCCUGCCUGCCUGAGGGCACUGUGCAAAUGUCUCCUGAUGCUGAGGACACCCACGGUGUGCUAGGUGUAGAUGGGGAACACGCUUGUUCACACAAGAAAGAAGAACCUGUCACCGUUCUCCCAGAAAAUCAAUAUCACGAAGUGGAGGUACAAGAGCAAGUUGUCACACACACUUCCAGCAGGGAGCUCCCAGAGGAGCAAGAGCAGGAAGACCCAGAGGACUCGCUGGAUGAGUGCUACCUCACUCCCUUGAUUUCUCCAGUUGUUUCUGAGCUUGACCAUUCCACGUGGAGCAGCUGGUGCUCCCUGGAGCAGCAGGACAUGCUCUCUGCUCCAGAUGCAAAUGAAAAGGAAAAUGACAAUGAUGAAGUGGAAGUUGAAACACAAGCCCUGUCACACACCAGGUGGUCAGCAAGGAGCCUCCUCAAAUGGAAGACAUUGCAUCCUGUCUACACCGUUAGUAGUCAUUCUUCCCCAGAUAGGGACAAAGUUGUGGGUUGCCCCUUGUUCGGCCCAGCCUCUUCUGGAAGCCUCCUCUUUGGAACAGCUUGGAAAGCGGCUUUCUGUUCCCUUUAUGAUUCUCACCCACCUUUCCCUCCCUCCAGUCUCAUCAGGGAGAUUCCAGAGAUUGAAGAUCAAGAUGUCUCACAAGACUCUCACGAAAAUCAAUAUCAUGGAGUGGAGGUACAAGAGCAAGUUGUCACAUACACGUCCAGCCUCAUCAGGGAGAUUCCAGAGAUUGAAGAUCAAGAUGUCUCACAAGACUCUCACGAACUGAGUUUUGUGGCUGCUGCUGAGAGGAAGACCCGUUCCCAGCUGGAGGGAGGUCCUCACAAAGAUCCCAUCACCAGCAAGUGUGAGAGGCAUAGCAUCAGCCCCAGCGAUGUCCCAAGUACCCCAAAAGAAAAUGUUAUCAAAGGAAAAUGGAAGCCCAGGAAAUGCAAACUGGCCUGCCAGUUCCCCGGCCUGGAGAUGAAGGGAAAACCACAGCCCACAGAGAGGAAAAUCAUGUGCCAAUUUCCUGGCCAGGAGAUGAAGGGAAAACCACAGACCAACAUAUGGGCAUUGACCUUCAGAUUCCUGGGCCUUCACGCCUAGACAGAGAUCCCAAGUACAGUUGGAAGGACAGAACAGUAUUGCUGAUUGUAACAUCCCCACCUCUUCCAAACAUCUACCACAGGAGCUCCGCUUCAACAGCAACCAGAACACCAAGAACGCAAUUUCAACACCAUGAACUGCCCUCGGCUAUUUUCAUCCACUAGGCUGCUUCCCUGAGAGCUGGCACAGUCUUCCACCUCCAAUCCACGUGAACACCUAAGGAGACCCAGGCCUGACUCCACAGCUGCUCUGGAGAGAACACCACCUGGCUCCUCUCCAACUGCCUCCUGUAGAGAUCUGAGGUCAGGAGGAGCUGGAAGCACACAGCACAGGACCCUGGGCACACACUGCCUUUGGAUGGGGUGAGCUUGGUGUGGGCAGUGUCAGAGACACAGCGCCCUGCGCACAAGGCUGCAUGUGAGCAGAGGAGAGGAUCGGACUCUGCAGGACGUGGACCCUGACCCAGACAGCUGGCCCUCUCCUUCACACUGCCAACGUUCUGCAUAGAGGACAGCAGGAGGAGGAGACUUUGGGGCUCAAAAGGACAGGAAGGGUCUCUUUCCUCCUUUUGAACCCCAACCAUCUCCCCCUUCUGCUGUCUUCCAUGAUGGGAACGCUGACUGUGUGAAGGCACAGGCCAGGUGUCUGGCUCGGGGUCUGCUUCCUGAGGAUCUCUGAUGCUUUCCUCAAUUUUACACUCAGCCUCACUCUUUGGCCAAGCACCCGAUGCAGGGAGUGCUGUGUGCUCCCUCCCACAUCCCCGCAGGAGGCAGAGAACAUCUUGUGUGCCCAUCAGGUCCCCUGACCCUGGCAUCGGUCAGUGGGUGAAAGCUGUCUGUUUAUCUGUACAUCCUAAAGAUGUGCUCCUUCCUCUGUAUCCUAACAACUGUGGAGAGGGUGACCCCUCAGAGCCUGAGCAAAAAGGGAGUGAGCAGCAGCCUGGCAGAGGUCCAGUCAUCAACCCAGGAGGCAGCCGUGGAUGGGCGUGAUAACAGCAAGUUCAUGGUGAUGAAUGCAGCAGUGUGGCCGGGAGGGCCCAGGUGGGUGAGGUGGACUGAGCCUGCAUCAAGGAACCGGACACCUCUCUGAACACUCCUCUCUCCAUGUCCAGAGUCAGGCAGUGCAGAUGCGGGCAGGACCUCGUCACGAGGACGCUCAUCUCUUACAGCUGCUGGUCCUGCCAACUCCACUCAGUGUUGCAGGAGAACUGGGGGCUCCUGAUGCAGGACGUGGGCCAAGGCAUCCAGAGCCCCAGCAAACAGCAAGGCCGUGUUCCUGCCGGCCUGAGGCAGCUGCAGGAUGAGGAGGGGCCAUAUGCCUGCCCCCAGCCCGACGUGGAAAACCGAGUCCUCGCAGAUUCUGGACACCCACUGCUUAGUAGGUGUUCCUGGUCCAAGAACAAACUGAGCCAAUGGCACCGCUGCCCUGUGGUGGACCUGUUUCUCACAGCUACCAUUCUUGCUUCCACUGUCUGUCAUGGCUGUGAUGACACAAUUGUUUUCCUUUCAUGAAAAUUGGGAUCCUAGGGAGGGAAUUAUGUUUCCACCUGAGUGUGCCUCCUCUCAGUGUAACAGCUGCCUUAGACACCCUGUCAGCACAUCUUGGGCUCC